ACAGCGCCAGUUAGUUUUUUACACAAUGCGCAUGCUCAUCCGCGCUGAUCUUUGUUGUUACAUUUCCAAUAUGGCGCUUAGUAAGACAUUUGGACAAAAACCUGUCAAAUUUCAGCUUGAAGAAGAUGGAGAUUAUUAUAUGAUUGGGUCAGAGGUAGGAAAUUACCUGCGUAUGUUCAGAGGUUCCUUGUAUAAGAGAUACCCAUCACUAUGGAGGAAACUGGCAUCAGUGGAGGAGCGGAAGAAAAUAGUGGAAUCAUCACACGAUCAUGGUUACACAACCUUAGCUACCAGCGUGACCCUUCUGAAGGCAUCAGAGGUAGAGGAGAUAUUCGAAGGAAACGAUGAGAAGUACAAAGCUAUCUCCAUCAGCACAGAGCCCCCAGCUUACCUCAGGGAGCAGAAGGGUAAGCGGAAUAGUCAGUGGGUCCCCACGCUACCCAACAGCUCUCAUCACCUGGAUGCUGUCCCCUGCUCCACCACUAUCAACCGCAGCCGCUUAGGCCGAGACAAGAAGAGGACCUUCCCGCUCUGUUUUGAUGACCAUGAUCCUGCAGUGAUCCAUGAGAAUGCCACCCAGUCUGAGGUUCUGGUUCCAAUCCGACUGGACAUGGAGAUAGAGGGGCAGAAGCUUAGGGAUGCUUUCACCUGGAAUAUGAAUGAGAAGCUCAUGACUCCUGAAAUGUUUGCGGAGAUCCUGUGUGACGACCUGGACCUGAACCCCUUGGCCUUUGUCCCGGCCAUUGCCUCAGCCAUCCGCCAGCAGAUAGAGUCCUAUCCCACAGACAGCAUCCUGGAUGAACAGACUGACCAGAGGGUCAUCGUCAAGCUAAACAUCCACGUUGGAAACAUCUCGCUCGUGGACCAGUUUGAGUGGGAUAUGUCAGAAAGGGAGAACUCCCCAGAGAAGUUUGCCCUGAAACUGUGCUCGGAGCUGGGCCUAGGGGGAGAGUUUGUCACCACCAUUGCUUACAGCAUCCGAGGACAACUUAGUUGGCACCAGAGGACAUACGCUUUCAGUGAGAACCCGCUGCCCACGGUAGAGAUAGCCAUCCGGAACACAGGUGAAGCUGACCAGUGGUGCCCACUGCUGGAGACACUGACAGAUGCAGAGAUGGAGAAGAAGAUCAGGGACCAGGAUAGAAACACUCGGCGCAUGAGACGACUGGCAAACACAUGGUAGUUGAUGCAAGUGGAAUGUCUUGCUCCUUCAACAAGACCGACAGUAGGCCAUUUGAUGAAGUACGAGAGUGUUGGGACUUGCUAUGCUAACAGCAUUAACACAGGCAUUGCUUCAGCCUGUUUACCAGAGCAGGUCCUCCUCUUCACCGAUCACCUCAGCUCUCUACACAGCCUCUACUCCACCACUCCAUGUGUUUAUUUGAGCAAAGCUCCACCACAAACACCCCCUACAAUGUGCUCCCUCCCCUUCCCCUGUGUGGUGAACCUGUUCCCACUUUGACGACUGACUCUUCUACCCACCCACAGAGGAGUGAAAAAACACAGGAAAACUCAGACAAUAUAUUCUGUUAUGUUGUAUUUGUUGUCUUUUUGUACAUUUGAAUAAUUCUUACAAAAAUAAAAGUGAAAUGAUCUUGA